AUAUAACCUUACGUCCACCGUUUGGCCAGACAUUCAGUGUUUAGCUUCUGCUUCCAACAGCACCGAGUAAUCCUCCAAGCAAUUCCAUAAGAAAUGGCUUACAAGAUCGCUUUCGCAUUGGCUAUGCUCGGCGUGGCGCAGGCGGCGGUGCUGAGGACUGCGGCCCCCGUUGCAGUGGCGCCCGCCCCCGUUCUGGCCAAGACCGUUGAGCUGGAGGAGAUCGAUCCGCAUCCACAGUACUCGUACAGCUACGACGUGCAGGACAACCUGUCCGGCGAUUCCAAGGGACAUGUGGAGGAGCGCGAUGGGGAUGUGGUGCGUGGCGAAUACUCUCUGAUCGACGCCGAUGGCUUCAAGCGCACCGUCACCUACACCGCCGAUUCUAUCAAUGGCUUCAACGCCGUCGUUCGCCGUGAACCUAUCGUUGCCGUGGCCGAGCCCGUGGUAAAGGCUGCUCCCGUAGCUGUUGCCGCUCCCCUCGUCCGCUCUGCUCCCGUUGCUGUUGCUGCUCCCCUCGUCCGCUCUGCUCCCGUCGCUGUCGCCGCUCCCCUCGUCCGCUCUGCUCCCGUUGCUGUUGCUGCUCCCCUCGUCCGCUCUGCCCCCCUGGCAGUAGCAGCCCCUCUGAGAUACACGGCGCCAGCCUAUACCGUGCGGAACUUGUAAUCCGACCCGAUUCCCCUUGUUAACUAAUCCCUCUUUUAUGGUUAUGCAAUAAAUUGUGAUUUUUUUCUUACAUAAAAGAUUGUUCCUUC